AUGACUCCAUUCCAAGCACUUUAUGGCAUCUGUCCUCCUAAGCUGUUGACAUAUGUUCCAGUGGCAUUGAGAAGGAAUAUGAAACUGGCCCCUCGAUUUUAUGGUCCCUUCCAGAUUGUUGAAAAGAUUGGUCAAGUGGCAUACAAAUUGAAUUUACCAUCUUCAGCAAGAAUACAUCCUGUUUUCCAUGUAUCUUGCUUGAAAAAGAAACUUGGAGAUCAAAUUUCUCCAUUAUCUACUUUACGUCCUGUUGACAGUGAAGGGAAUGUGCAACCUAAACCUGAACUUAUUUUAGAAAGAAGAAUGAAGAAGGUGGGGAAUCAGGCUUCAACUGAGGUAUUGAUUAAGUGGGUUGGGGUAUCUAUUGAGGAUAGUUCUUGGGAAAAGCUGUGGAAACUCAGAUCUUUGUACCCUCACUUGGUAGGAACUGUCUUGCAAUGA